CUUCCAGCCAGUUAGCUACAUCUGGUUAGCGAAAGUGGAUGGCGCAAUAGUUUAGCAUUUUAACUCCUUUUAUAUUAAAACUCUAUCAAAAGUGUUUAAAACAGCAUUUAACGUUAGCUGUGUUGAGGGUGUGAUAACCAAACAGUCGCGACAUGGCUGCUGUGGUAGUUCUAAAAGUUUAAAACUGACGUGUGAGAAGUUUUUUAUGUGAAAGCUAGCUUGUGUGUGGAGUUUCACGUCCAGUCGCCUCCACAGCACCCUUAACACGGCUGUAUUGAACCGAGCAACCGUGUGCAUCCCAUUAUCCCUCUACUCAUCACUGCUGUGGAUUUUUAUAUCAAUUUUUAUUUAUUUUUGUUAUUUUACUCUGGACAACUGUGGCGUCUUGAGCAUCGUUAGCGGGAGUGGCGUUCAAGGACCUCUGGCUUGGAGCUAAACAUGCAUUUUUCCAUACCCGAAACAGAGGUGCGUUCGGGAGAAAAUGGAUCUACCUAUGUGGCUUACAACAUUCAUGUCAAUGGCGUGCUGCACUGCAGAGUCCGCUACAGUCAACUCCUCGGCCUACAUGAGCAGAUAAAGAAGGAAUACGGCAGCAACGUGGUGCCGUCCUUCCCCCCGAAGAAGAUCUUCACUCUGACGCCUGCCGAGGUGGAGCAGAGGCGGGAGCAUCUGGAGAAGUACAUGCAGGCGGUACGCCAGGAUCCACUGCUUGGAGCCAGCGAGUUGUUCAACAGCUUCCUAAGGAAAGCACAGCAGGAGACGCAGCAGAUUCCCACAGAGGAGGUGGCCCUGGACAUCUGCCUCUCCAACGGCCAGAAGGUCACGGUCAACAUUCUUAGCUCAGAUCAGACAGAGGACGUCUUGGAUGUGGUCGCAAGUAAACUGGACCUCCCUGAAGAACUGGUGGGCUACUUCAGCCUCUUCCUUGUCCGUGAGGGGGAAGAAGGAGGACUAACAUUUGUACGGAAGCUGCAGGAAUUUGAGCUGCCGUAUGUGUCAAUCACCAGCCUACGCAGCUCAGAAUUCCACAUACUCCUACGGAAAAGCUAUUGGGACAUGGUGUACGAUGGCGAUGUCAUGGACAACAGAGUUGGCCUGAACUUGCUUUACGCCCAGACGGUGUCUGACAUCGAGCGAGGCUGGAUACUCGUCAACAAAGACCAGCACAGGCAGCUCAAGUCACUGCAGGAGAAGGGCUCCAAGAAAGAAUUCAUCAACCUGGGCCAGACGCUGAAAUACUACGGAUACAUGAAGUUCGACCCGUGCGUCACCGACUUCCCCGAGAAGGGCUGCCAGGUCAUCGUGGGGGCGGGCAACAACGAGCUCAACUUCCACGUCAAGCUGCCCAACGAGCAGAUGAAGGAGGGCAGCUUCAAGGUCACUCGUAUGCGCUGCUGGAGAGUCACGUCCUCUCAAGUCCCCGUGGUGAACGGCACCAACAACCCGUGCACGUCGUCCAAGUGCGAUGUCAAGCUGGAGCUGGCCUUCGAGUACCUGAUGAGCAAGGACCACCUCCGCUGGGUCACCAUCACCAGCCAGCAGGCUAUCAUGAUGAGCAUCUGCCUUCAGUCUAUGGUGGACGAAUUGAUGGUAAAGAAGUCAGGCGGCAGCAUCAAAAAGAUGCUGAGGAAAAGACACAACGGCUCCAUACAGCGGCCCGACUGUCAGCAAUCUGUCAAAUCGCCCCCUCUACUGGACUCCCCUGACCAGAGCCGUGAGCAGAUCAUCAAACUAUCAACCAAGCUGAGCUCUGUGUCGCUACGAGGGAUCAGCGCCUCCAACUCGGCCAACGACAUCAGCGGAACAGAUUUCCACGGCAACUACGCUUUCGAGGGGAUUGGGGACGACGACCUGUAGCCCCCAUUUCACCCCCCUUUCCCGCCCCCGCUCAUCCCCCCCGCCUCCUCCUCCCUCCCACCGAACAAAGGUCACACUAACACAAGUGUCUUCAUUCCUGCAGGGUUGUAGCAUCCACGCCCGCAAGCCCGCAACUGUUAGCGCUUUUGAAGCAGCCGUCAUGGUCACGUGAUGCUUUUCGACUCGUGCAUUUACAGCCAUUUGUGGUACAAUUCACGUACGACCCACUAGCAAGAGCAGCCGCGUGUCUGGAUGAGGGGCGGGGCUAAAAUGAGCGUUCAUCAUCACUUGUGACGACACUCUCAAUAGACACUAAAUUAGGCACACCCGUGGAGCUGCCGCUCCCGAAGGUAAUAAUGCUCAUUUACGGGCCGGUCUGAUACCUUUACAUUGUUGUUGUUGUCAUGGCAACCAGCAUGAUAUCUCUUAAACGCGCUUGGGUCGCUGCUGCUUGCACUUUGCUCACUUACAAGAUAUUUCUGCAAGGUGGUGACGGCGGGGGAGGCUUUGGAAAUCCAUUUUAGCUUUUUUUUUUAAGGUUUCUCAUAAAUGCCAAAUUAUAGUUUACUAAAGCAUUUUGCACACAAGAUAUUAUGUCACUUUUUAAAUAAAAAUGUACAUGCAAUGAAAGUAUUCCGAACAUUUACUAAUAUCAAGUAGCUUAGCGGAGUCCAAAUAGAACAAAUAUAAUCUGCCGCUGUGUGUACUAUAGAGCAGACAUGAACUAGCUAACAGCCAUCAUUGUUUACAUUGUUAGUUUACACUUUUUCAUUGUAUCUUUUAUCAGUCAUCAUGCCAAUCAUCUCAGAGGAUUCAGCCAAUCAAGGGUGCUUUCGGACGGCGAGCAAAGUUCAUGCAUUGCUGGCAACAAAAUGAACACACGCCGAGAUGUUUGUUCUGCCGCGAUGUCUUUUUUUUUGUUGUCUUCUGUCAUUCGUGUUUUGCCAUGAACGCUCGCAAGGAGGUGCCAAAUGACAUUUUUUUAAAAAGUGCUAGUUUCAUUUUAGCUGCAAUCUCGGUGGCAAAAUAAAACACCUGAAACGA